AUGUCUUCCCAGCCGCAGAAGUGCCCAGCCCAGAAGCCCUAGCAGCAGCAGGUGAAGCAGCCCUAUCAGCCACCCCCUGUCAAAUGUCAAGAAAUGCCUGUACCCCAAACCAAGGACCCAUGUGCUUCUCCGGCCAAGAAACAAGCCUUGCCCAAAGGCAAAACCAUUCCAGCCCAGCAGACCUAUCCGCCAGUCCAACAAUCCCCGAAGAGUAAACCAAAGUAA